UUUCUGAGCACAGAAAGUAAACAAGUUGAUUUAAGUUAAUCGGUGCUGAUAUUUUUAUGUAUUUCGCCAAUAUAUAUGCUAAAGUAAUAAUAGAAUAUGUCGGACAUAGACGGCAUUUUCUCGCUGCGGCUGGUAAUUGCCGAUUUUUAUAUGGAAAAGCCUAUAUUUGGGCUCGAUCCGUGUUACUCUGAGCUGCGCGGCAAGGAAAUAAAGCGCGUGCCCAUUGUGCGCAUAUUUGGUGCGAAUGCCAGUGGCCAGAAAUGUUGCAUGCAUGUGCAUGGCGUCUUUCCCUACUUGUAUAUACCCUACGAUAAACGGGACUUUGAAACUGUGGAACGGGGCAUAUUGCAAAUAGCCAUGCAUUUGGACAAGGCCAUCAAUAUAUCGUUGGGGCAGGGCAAUUCCAAUGCGCAACAUGUCUUCAAAAUACAAUUGGUUAAGGGAAUUCCCUUCUAUGGCUACCAUCGCACGGAGCAUCAGUACUUUAAGAUUUUCAUGUUCAAUCCGCGCUUUGUGCGACGCGCAGCUAAUUUACUGCAAAGCGGCGCUAUAUUGAGCAAAAAUUUCAAUCCACACGAAUCGCAUGUACCCUACAUUCUGCAAUUCAUGAUCGAUUAUAAUUUGUAUGGCAUGAGCUAUUUGCAUGUGCCGCUUGAGAUUGUCAAAUUUCGUAGGCAAACAGAGGAAGAUGUUGUGGCGUAUGCGAAUGUGAAGCCGCAACAGCUCUUGGAUCCCACUGCUGUUAAGAAAGUCGCCUGCAGUGCUUUAGAAGUAGAUAUUAGCUCAAACUUUAUACUGAAUCGCUUCCAGUUGAUCACCAAAACGACUUCAACGCACACAAACCCCGGCAUUGAGGCUAUUUGGCAUGAUGAGCAUGUGCGACGACAGAAACUGGCUGAGAGCUAUGGCGCAGAUAGCCAGAAACUAAAUGCGCUGCCUGUGCUGCAAGUGCCGCCCACACAGGAGCGCCCGAAUGUUGAAAUAGCUGAGAGCGAUAAUUUCUAUCGCGCUGCUCUAGAGAGCAAGCUGCUAUCCUUGGAACAAACUGUGAGCGGGGAACAAACUCUAGCCGAUCAGACACAGAUCAACAAUAUAAAUAUCACGCUGCAAACAAGCGCCAAGGAACAGCGUCGUCAAUUUAAUUUACGAAAGCUUUUGGUAAACGCCGUUUAUCCAGAAGAAUGCAGUCAGGAUGCGCAGCAGCAGUUGGUCAAUGCAUCUGUUAUACAAAAUCAUCUAUCGGGCAGCGGGAGUGCGCAUAGUCUAGUGCGUGAUGCUGAGAACGAGGAUGAAGCGGCCUUUUUGGACGAUACGUUAGUCGAUGAGGAGCUGCUACAACAAGCUAAUGGUCCAGUGCCACAUGAUGCUACAUUGCGCGAGGAGGACUUGGAGCUGCUUGAAGUGCUGCAACAGCUGGAGGAGCAGAACGCAAAUGAGUCCCACAUCGAUUUGGAUAGUUCGCUAGCGCAGCUCUCACAGCAGCAUAAACAGUUUGAGCUAACGCCUGAGUUGCUGGACAAACAAACAGCUGCAGCAGCCACACAGCAGCCGCUGUCUGAUGACGAAAGUGACAACUCGGAUGAAGAGAACACAGCUGGCACUGCACAUGACUUUUCCAUUGCUCUCGAUGAUAUUGAUGAGCUGCUGCUUAAGCUCAGUCAGAGUCAGAGUCAGCCUGAUGCUGCGCCUAGUCAGCAGCGUGAGAUGCCCCAAGUCGACGGCGCUGAUGAUCAAUUGCAACGCACUCCCACUAAAGCCAGGACCAGGGCACAACAACGCACUUCACCGCGUACGCCCACGACACCCAAGAGUCGUAUAAGCAUGCAGCAGCCACGCACGCCCAAGUCAAAUGUGGCCAAGAAAUAUGCGCCUCUACCAUUGAUCAUAACCAAUAGAUCUGCACAGAAGCAAUCGGAUGCAGCUGCUACUGCAGCGCUAGCUAGCAGCGCCAUCAAGAAGCACCUGAGCCAGCAGCUUGAGUCGAACGUUAAGAGCACAGCUAUACCACUUCGCAAAAAGCUAGCUAUGUCAGAGCUGCGGCGAAAGACCAUUUCUGCAGACUCUUUCGCAGAAGUGAAAGCCCUGCAACAGGCGGAUGACUGUACUCCUCUACGUCGCAGCACGCGCCGUAGCACACGCGAUUUGGACAAAACUCACAUUAUUUGCUCUCUGACGCCGCGUCAGAAGAUGUCGAGCAUUUCGAAUGUCUUUGCAGCAUCGCCAGCGGAGUCUCUAGUCGAACAGAAGCAACCACGUCGCAGUACACGCAACAAAGCUAAACAAGAUGUAGAGCAGAAACCUGUUCCUAAGCCAAAGCUCUAUUUGGAUAAGAUUAGCCCGCUGGCAGAUUCCCCUGCUACGACUAGUGAUGAUGAGGCAAUUGUAUCUGAUACAGAGAGCGAUAGAUCGACACCCAAGCCAAAUUUGAGGCGUUUACGGCGCAGCUUUCGAGAAUCGCUGCUGGCGAAACGAGCGACACCUCAGAGUAAAAUAUUAGAAAGCCAUUCACCAGCCACACCAAAGAGUGUUAGGAGCCAAACUCCAGCGAACUCACUGGCAGCGAAUACAAAGAGUCAACCUGCAACAAUUCCAGUGCACGAGAGUUUAAGGAGUCGAGCUGCCGAAAGUCCCAUGCCAAAGAGUUCUAUGAGCCAAACUGCAGCGAGUCCAGUACCAGAGAGCGCAAGCAGUCGAGCUUCAAUAAGUGCCCUACCAGAGAGCGCAAGAAGUCCAGCGCCAGCAAGUUCAAUGCUAGAGAAUGAAAAUGCGUCAAGUGCCAAAAGUCGAACCCUGCCAAGUCCAAUGCCAGUGAGAUCUAUGAAUCAUACUCCAAUAAAUCAAUUGCCAAUACCUGCGACUCCCACUCAAUCUGAAAAAGUUGGAGCAGCAGAUGUACCUGAAAAGGAAGCAAUAGGCACACCACAAUGUAGUCCAUGUAGCAUAGAUUGUAACACGCCAGAGCUAAUGAAAAGUUUCUAUGAGCAUUCGUUGAUUAUAAACAGUCCAUCUGUAUUCAGCGAUGACAUAGACAGUCCAGAGUUGUCGGCGGAAACGAAGCUCGUGGCUAAGCCUGGCGUGAGUUCAAGCAACUCUGCAGAUCCCAACACAUUUGUGAUAACUCCCUUAGAGUUGCCGCCCAGUUAUGAGGAGGUAUUGCACAGCUGUCGCAAAUUGGACAUAUGCCCCGAGUAUGUGUUCCAGCAACCGUACUAUAGCAAUCCUGCCGACGUUAGUAAAAUGACCGAGGUGGGUUUUUUGGUAUUGCGCAUUCCUGGCAAUAAGCUCAACGAUUUGGAGCCCUUCGAAAGUUGCGUUCUCAAUAGCAAUCAAGGUCUGGCUGCCUGGCGCAGAAGGCAAUUGGUAUCGAUUGGUGGACCGGCUAUGUUGCAACGCUAUCGGAAUGAGCAGCAGGUGCGGGAGUACUUCAGCAGCGAGCAACGUCUGGUCAUGGAGCCAGCAAUGAGUCCGCCCAGCAGGCAGGAUGCCAAACUGUGGUUGAAAGCAAGGGAACUGCACAAGCAGCGCCAAGGCGGAAAGGAAGAGCUGCAUCCUGUAGGCAAUGAUGUGGACAGCCCUAUAAAAGUCAAGCGUCAAAAAAUAACUAUGAUGCUUAAUGAAGUCGAAGCAGAGGGUGGAGCCAGUGGCGAUGAGGAUGGGGACCUGAAUUGCAGUGGGCUAACACUAACGCCCAUGUCACAGACGCCGCAGCACAGUGGCACAGACAAGCCCCAAUUGAAGGGCACACCGCUGAGCAGUAAGAUGCGCUCUAAGCGUGCCACAAAACUUCAAUUUGAAGCAGCACGGGAUGAGCAGCCAGGCAGCAGUCAAUCCAGCGAGAAAAGCGUGAGCAGCGAUGCUGCCUUGGAGGCGCUGGAGCGCAGUUCAUUCGUUAGGAGUAUCAGCAGCGGACGCAAUAGUCAUGAGCUCAGCUUCGGGCUAACCAAUGCCACGCUGGACAACACCUUCGGCUUUAAGGUAAAUCUGGAGAAUUUACAACAGGCCAAAGCGGAUAUAGAGUGCAACUAUUUGACUACCAUGACACUGGAGCUGUUUGUGCCGACGCGUGGGGAACUGCUGCCGGAUCCGUUACAUGAUGAGAUACGUUGCCUAUUCUAUGCCAUAGAGCACAGCUUGCCGGAGCAGUCACAGUCGCUGCCUAGCAAAGCCUGCGGCUAUAUCAUCGUUAGUGAUGGUCAGGAUAUUUUAAAAGAAGGACGUCAUCAUGGCCUGGAUGCGGAUAUUGAGCUGCAGGUGGUGCAGAGCGAAGCUCAGGCAUUUGAGGCUUUGCUUGCGCUCUGCACACGCUGGGAUGCGGACAUCUAUGCUGGCUACGAGAUCGAAAUGAGCUCCUGGGGCUAUGUGAUUGAGCGUGCCAAGCAUUUGUGCUUCAAUAUUGCGCCCCUGCUGUCCCGUGUGCCCACCCAGAAGGUGCGCGACUUUGUAGAUGAAGAUCGUGAAUCGUUUACAGAUCUCGAUGUGGAGAUGAAGCUCUGUGGUCGCAUCCUUUUAGAUGUUUGGCGUCUAAUGCGCUCCGAGAUUGCGCUCACCUCGUACAGCUUCGAGAACGUAAUGUAUCACAUCCUGCACAAGCGUUGUCCCUGGCAUAGUCCGCGUGCUUUGAGCGAUUGGUAUGCCUCGCCUUGCACCCGCUGGAUUGUGCUCGAGUAUUAUUUGGAACGUGUGAGGGGCACCUUGGCGCUGCUCGACCAGUUGGAUCUGCUGGGUCGCACGAGUGAGAUGGCCAAACUGAUUGGCAUACAGUUCUAUGAGGUGCUCUCACGAGGCUCACAGUUUCGUGUGGAGAGCAUGAUGUUGCGCAUUGCUAAGCCCAAGAAUUUGGUGCCACUUUCGCCCAGUGUGCAGCAGCGCGCCCACAUGCGUGCCCCAGAGUAUUUGGCACUUAUCAUGGAGCCCGAGUCACGUUUCUAUGCUGAUCCGCUCAUCGUGCUGGACUUUCAAAGUCUGUAUCCUAGCAUGAUUAUAGCUUACAACUAUUGUUUCUCGACGUGCUUGGGCCGUGUGGAACAUCUGGGCAGCAGCACUCCGUUUGAAUUUGGUGCCUCGAUGUUGCGUGUCUCACGGCAGUUGCUGCAGCAGUUGCUCGAACGCGAUCUGGUCACCAUUUCGCCAUGUGGCGUGGUCUUUGUUAAGCGGCAGGUGCGCGAGGGCAUAUUGCCGCGCAUGCUCAGCGAGAUUCUGGACACGCGUCUCAUGGUGAAGCAGUCGAUGAAGCUGCAUCGCGACAGCUCCGCGUUGCAGCGUGUGCUCCACUCUCGGCAAUUGGGCUUGAAGCUGAUGGCAAAUGUAACCUAUGGCUAUACGGCGGCCAAUUUUAGUGGACGCAUGCCCGCCGUCGAAGUGGGAGAUUCAGUAGUAUCCAAGGGUCGCGAGACCUUGGAGCGUGCCAUCAAAUUGGUGGAGACGCAUGAGAAGUGGAAUGUGCGUGUUGUUUAUGGCGAUACGGAUUCCAUGUUUGUUCACGUGCCAGGACGCGAUCGUGCUGAGGCCUUUCGCAUAGGCGAGGAAAUUGCUCAAGCAGUAACUGAAAUGAAUCCGCAUCCGGUUAAACUGAAACUGGAGAAGGUCUAUCAGCCGUGCAUGUUGCAGACUAAGAAACGUUAUGUCGGCUACAUGUAUGAGACGCCAGAACAAAGGGAGCCGGUGUAUGAGGCGAAGGGUAUUGAAACGGUGCGACGAGAUGGUUGUCCAGCUGUGGCCAAAAUGCUGGAGAAGGUGCUGCGAUUGCUGUUCGAAACGGCAGACGUGAGUCAAAUCAAACAGUACGUGUGCCGCCAAUUCACCAAGCUGCUCACUGGUCGUGCCAAUCUGCAGGAUCUGAUCUUUGCCAAGGAAUUUCGCGGACUGAAUGGCUACAAGCCCACAGCCUGUGUGCCGGCACUGGAGAUGACGCGCAAAUGGAUGUUAAAGGAUCCCCGACGCGUGCCACGUCGUGGCGAGCGUGUGCCCUUUUGCAUCGUCAAUGGACCGCCAGGUAUGCAGCUAAUUCGUUUGGUGCGUAGUCCACACGAGAUACUGGCCAAUGAAGGCUACAAAAUCAAUGCGAUUUACUAUAUAACCAAGGCUAUCAUACCUCCACUAAAUCGCUGUCUGCUGCUCAUAGGAGCUGAUGUGAAUGAUUGGUUUAGCAACUUGCCACGCAAACUGCUCAUGACACCUGCCCUCUCGACAGCCGGCGAGCUGUUGAAUCGCGGCAAUGCCAAGUCCACCAUUUCACAAUAUUUCUCAACGACCAACUGCAUCAUUGAGUGCGGCCGCCAGACCAAAGAGGGUAUCUGUACUGAGUGUGCGCGCAUGCCAAACAAAUGCGUGGUCACGCUCCAGGCAAAACUUGCGCAGCUGGACCGUGGCUACAGAUUGACCCAACAGAUAUGCCAAGCUUGUUGUGGCAGAUUGGGUGACCUGCAGUGCGGUUCUUUGGAUUGCCCGGUGCUCUAUGUGUUGGAAGUGAAACGCCGAGAGCUGCAGCAGAUGCCAUUUAUACGGAAACAGCUAGAGGAGCGUUUCUAG